AUGAAUGAUGAAGAUAUCGAAGGUUUUGAAGAAUUAUUUGUAAAUGAAGAAUCUGAGAAAACUUUUAAUAUUUCAAAUAAAAUAAAACCAUGGUAUGAACCAAUUCAUUUACCAUUAUCAAUAAUUGAAAUAUUAGAAACAUGGUCAAAAAUAAAUUCAUCAUCUCGUCGUGUUGGUAUAUGUCCUGGUGAUUCUAAUUCGUUAGAUGGAAUGUUUAUUCAUUCAUGGGGAGAAUUUCAUGUUGAACAACCAUCACGUUUAACUUCAAUAAUAGAACAUUUACAUAAUUCACUUUGGCUAAAAUAUAAAUGUUAUUGGAAAUUAAUUUGUGGAAAAGAAAUUACUAAUGAACAAAUCAAACUUGUUCAUUCACAAAAAUUUCUUGACGAUUUUUUAUUAAUUGAACAUGGAGAAAUAGUUGAUGAUAAUUUAUUAUCAAUGCGAACACUUUUAAAUGCUAAUGGAAAAUAUAAUUUUCAAAGUAUUUCACCAAUAAUAACUCGUGCAUGUCGAAUAGCGGCUGGUUCAACAAUUAAUUUAAUCGAAUCAGUUAUUAAGAAUGAAAUUGAUUUUGGUUUUGCAUUAAUUCGUCCAGCUGGUCAUCAUUCAUCAACAGAUUCUAUUGGAACAUUUUGUGGUUUAAAUUCAAUUUCAAUUGGUGCUGUUUAUGCUAUUGAAAUACUUAAAUUAAAUCGAAUACUUAUUCUUGAUUGGGAUGUACAUCGAAGUGGAGGAACUGAACAAAUAUUACAACAAAUAUCAAAUGAAAAGAAGCAUAAAUAUCGUCUGAUCGAUAUUUAUGCAGCAUUUGGAAAAUCAUCUUAUUCAAAUAAUAUUACUUAUUCAAAUUGUAAAUUAAUUGAUCUUUAUAAAAAAAAUCAAAUUCCAGGUGAUAAAGAAUAUAUUGAACUAUUCGAUAAUGAUAUUAUACCAGAUAUUAUUCAAUAUUCUCCUUCAUUAAUAUUAAUUUCAGCUGGUUAUGAUAGUGCAAAAGGUGAAUCAGAAGAAUGUGCUCAAUUAACACCAGAUGGUUAUUUUAAUAUGACAAAGAAAUUAAAACAAUUAAAUAUUCCAUUAGUAUUUAUUUUAGAAGGUGGUUAUCAACAACAAUCUUUAAUUCAAUCAAUUGAAGCUACAUUUAAAGCUUUAUUAGAUUUAUAA